CCCACGGGUGCUUCUAUUCGAUUAUCUCCAUCAUCACCCGUGGGUCAAUCCUAUUCAAAUAGCUCGUUUCUCAUUAAAUAUGCAUGAACUUUUUGACCUUUUCUUAUCCAAUGAAAUCAUCGGUUACAUAUACCUAUUGAUCUUCUGCUUCGGAGAUAAAUAUGGUGGCCCAUGUUUACGAUGCAAAAAGGUAACCAAGGGAAAAGUUGUGAAAUAUGUAGCGAAAUUAUCAAAGACAAAAAAUCCUACAGACAGGUGAAAUCAAAUGUAGAUUUUUGUCAGUUAUUUUUAGAACUGAACUUGGAAGAAGACGGUUACGUUUGCAAGUUUUGUGUUAACAAGUUAAAUAGACUUGUCAGAAUUGAUGACGACAUUAAAACGAAAGUAGCGAAGUUGACCGAGAAACGGAAUGAGUUGUUGGCAGAAUUAAAAAAUGCUGUCGGUAGCAAAGUACUUACACCUGUCAUUAAAAAACGGGGACGACAAAAAAACACACCAACACCCCGUAAACUAAAGGUCCGACGCUUGUUGUCAUUCCCAAAUUCUCCUGGAGCUAGUGACGUGCGUGACCCAGCUGAUUCCAUAAAGCCAUUGAGAGAUGAAUCAGCAGGAGAGAGAUCUCAGCAAGCUGCAGAUGUAUUGGAUGAACAAAUUCAGCCCUUAGUUGUAGACAGUGUACAACCUGAUUCACAAACUAAGUUAUACCAUGAAAAGGACUUUGAUGUCAAGAUGAGAGGUGUGACUCAGGAACAAGUCACUGUGCAGUUUAAUGCUAGUGCAAAUCAAAACUCCAACCCAAGGAUCAUUUACUCCUCAGGAAAUCAAGGAAAAGUGGUGUCUUUUUUGAAAGAGAAAAUUCGGAAAACUAAGGAAAAUCCAUCUCCACCCAUUGAAAUCUUAGGUGACAAUGUUGAUAUACUUGUUAGUCCAGCUAAUAUGACUUUAGAUAGACAAAGAAAAUCAUGGCAUUGGUUUCUUCUGCUUGCUACUCAGAAAAGAAUAACUGACAAGGAUCUUCCAACAGAUGAAUCCUUAGCUGAUGUAGAAACGAUUGACAGUUGUGAGUUUGUUCCAUCUGAAGAUGAAAUCGAAGAAUAUCAGAAAAAUACACAAUUUCAUGUGGCAAAAAUAUUAACAAAGUAUAUCGAGGAGCUGAGGCAAUUCGAGAGACUCCUUCCAAAUAACAUCCAGCACCCAUAUAUUGAAAAAACUUCCCAGAAGUCUGUGUUCAUUAACUGUGAUUUAAUUGAUGAAAGUGAAAAUUCCUCUGAUGGAAUGAUUCGUAUACUGCAAAGAGUGCAUUCUUUAGCAGUGCCAUACAUCAAUGAAAACAUUGAAAAGGUAGUGCUGGGUGGUGAUGUUUUGACCAAUGAACGAGCUUUGAGUGCACAACAAGCCAUGAGAAACAAUGAGACCUGCGAUGAAAAGUUACUUGGUGUAAUACAUAGACCUGAAGGAUUACACAGGCAGAUGAAUUUUCUGAUGGUGACGUUUCACCAUUGGAAUUUACUGUUUUUGGUUUACUUUAUUCUACGAUAG